AUGUCUCACCAGGAUCUGGAGAGAAGUUCUACUCUUAGAACUUUAUUGAAUUUUGUAAAAGGCGCGACAUGCUACGAAGACAUUAGAACGGUUGAUUGGUUAGUGUAUCCUACAUUCAAGGAAGCUUGCUACGCAAGGGGUUUACUUGAUGAUGACAAGGAAUAUGUCGAUGCAAUAACAGAAGCAAGUUUUAGAGAAUCAGGGUAUUAUCUAAGACAUUUGUUCUCUAUGUUACUAUUAUCUGGUAGCAUGUCGAAGCCGGAGGAAGUUUGGCAUAAGACAUGGCAGUUAUUAUCUGAUGACAUACUUUACAAGCAGCGUUGUCUUCAAAAAAAUAAAGACCUGCAUUUAACAGAUGAUCAAAUCGAAGCUUUUGCAUUGGCUGAGAUUGAAACCAUGCUCCAAAUCGAUGAUUUAUCGAGAAGUAUUGGAUGCGUCUCGAGUGAAGAAGGAGGUGUAUUUUUCGUUUACGGCUAUGGAGGGACGGGUAAAACAUAUGUUUGGAAAACAUUAUUGUGCUGCAAUAAGAAAAAGGGCGAAAUUGUAUUGCCAGUAGCUUCGAGUGGAAUUGCUUCUCUCCUCCUUCCACGUGGAAGAACAGCUCAUUCUAGAUUUGGUAUCCCUUUGAAUGUAAAUGAAAAUUCUACUUGCGCCGGAAUUCGCCCUGGGUCGGAAUUAGCUGCUCUUCUCAUUAAGACAAAACUUAUCAUUUGGGAUGAAGCUUCAAUGAUGCAUAAGUAUUGUUUUGAAGCACUUGAUAGAAGUUUGAGGGACAUAAUGAGGCAGAUAUUACCAGUUGUACUAAAGGGAACUAGGCAGGAUAUCGUGUUCGCCACCGUUAAUUCGUCUUACUUAUGGGAUUCGUGUAAGGUCCUAAGACUUACUCGCAAUAUGAGAUUACAAUCAGGUUCCUCAAAAUCUUCUGUUGAUGAAUUGCGAGAAUUCUCAGAGUGGAUACUAAGCGUAGGAGAUGGAAAUGCUGGCGGUCCUAAUGAUGGUGAAGCCGUCAUCGAGAUUGCAAAAGAUAUCCUUAUAGAUCCCGGGGCCGAUCCGAUUUCACAGAAUUGUUGA